AUGGCGACCAAUGAGUCGUGGGUUUCCUAUAAAUUCACCACUAAAAACGGCUUGUCAGGGUCUGCGGAACCAGCUUCGUCGAUUCUAGCAGCUCAACUUCCACAGCUGGUGUCUCAAGGAAACAGUGCCCACGGUUACUUGACCAGGGAAACAUUCUCGCAGCUGCGUCAAGAGCUGGUGGAUGGAAAAUGCGGCCAAUUGCGUCUAGAUGACAGCACCGCAGAUGCUAGCAGACUGAUUUGCAUCGUGCUGCAAGCAGGCGUCGAGCCUUGUGUCAAGGGCGAUAGGUUCCUCCAGGGAGAUUCUGAAGGCCAGAUACUAGACUGCCUGGAUAUCGUUCAAACAAUUCUUGAAAGGUCACCGCAAGUUUUGGGUGAAAUAUGUGACCCAACCAUUCUGGGAGAGAAUGCGAGCGUACCCCUGUAUGCAUGGCUAAUAUUACGAUUGCUAAGCUUGCUCAGUUGGGAGGCGAAUAACAUAGGAAAGAGAAUAAUUUGCAUACUCUCCAGCAUCACCCGUCCUCAUUAUAAGCAUAUAACGUCAUUGCCCUCCUGCUAUUCCGCUCUAGCACUCCUUCGAGCGUGCACGAAUGAAAUCUUCCUUUCGCUUGAGAGUCAUCAUUAUUUGUCGAGACAGCAUAUGUCUGAGGUUAGACUAUCGAUACCGGCGGUGAAGUGUGCAAUCCUCCCGACCCUGGACAAUCUCAAUAUUUCUCGAGCUCUUUUGAGCAAGAAGAUUACGCUCGGAACAUUUCCCCAAACACUUACCCUUGCUCUUCGAUUACUGGACUCCUUUGUUCCAAAAAGAGCAAUCCAUAGUCACACGAGCAUCAAGGAUCCUACCUUUCACCAAGACCUAGCUUGGAUCAUAAAUGGAAUUGAACGUCUAUGGAAAAUUACCCAUAGAUGGGUGCGCGCCUCGAUAGAUGAUAUUGAGAUCAAGUCACGCAUUUGUAUACAAUUUACGUCCAGUCUACAUAUUUUUCGCUCACUUGAACCUGAUAUGUCCGGUCUCUUAUCGCCACGAUCGGGUCUGGCACGUCCCUGGGUUCAGAUCUGUAGCGAGUUAGUCACAUUGAGCCAACUGACUCAGAUGCCUCAUCUUCAGGCCGAAUUGGGCCGGCUUCUUGACAGUUUGAUCGACGCGUCUCAACAUCGUUUAGAAGUAGUAACUCAGUUGAGAGCCGCUCUUUUACCAACAAUGAUUGAGUUCAAGAGUAAGGGCACUAUUCAGUCGUUUGAGCCGGGUUUUCAGGCUGUGUUGCAAAUAUUGAUGGGACCCGUAUCUGGAGAUGAAAAUCGGAGUCGCGUCGAUUUGCAAGAGCCAAAUACUACUGGUCAAAUGGGUCGACAAGAUGAAGUGGUUCAACAUGCUAUACUCUACGGCAUUCCGCGGCCACAAGAAGGCUCCGCCCACAUUGACACAGCCCAUGAACUUAUUAGCGAGACUUUUGAGCUAUUGGGCUGCCAGGAAUCCGUAAAUAUUGGAAACCUCAAUCGUGCUAUCUCGGAGUCGUUCGUGGAUCUCCCUGAGCAAAAGAAAUCCGACCUUUUUUAUAUGCUGGGUAAGAUCGCAUGUGCGAUGGCUGGAAGCCUAUCAAGCCCGAGUAAGGCUGCUCUGCAAAGCUCGCUAUCUUGCAGUGUGUGUGACAGUGAGAAAAGAGCGGCUAGUUCUGAGCCCGCCUCGAAGUGCCGUGACGUUCAUGAGCUAUGUGGGAUCUUCACGUUCGUUCUACCUAGACUCACACGCGCUUCCAGUGUCCGAAUAAGAGCAAUAAGCGCGUUGCGAAGGCUAUUGAUUCACGCUCCUCCUGAGUCUUCUUACCUGCAGCUGAAAUCCUCUGUUUUCGGCGACUUGUGUUUACACUCGCUUCGAAGUUCGAUUAGAGAGCUGAGGAUAGUCACUGGGCAUCUGGUGAUCUCUUUUGUUCGAAAGGAUAUCAACGCUGAAACUCGUCGAAGCAACUUUGUUGUCAUACUGGAAUGGCUGCGGAGCCUCUCUGAGAAGCAAGAACUCCCGUUGCAUGAGACUUGCAUCUUGACCUUAUGUCAUAUUGCAGAGGUUUCCGACGAUGAAGAGAUGAAUAUCAUUCUCCUUCGUCUACUGGAGUACUUGGGCCAUUCAAAUCCAUUCAUUUGCGCAGUAGCGUACACUGAGCUUUCUAAACUUGCUCAGCAUCUCUCUGUGACGCCUGCUGGUUUGUUCCGGCCUUUCUGGAGAACAUUGUCGAUAACGGUGGUGAAGAAUUUCCAGUCCCGUCCUCACAUGGCCGAGCAACUCUGUGAUCUACUGGGAAUGAAUGUAGAUGAUCUUUUAAGAUUAACUGAAGUUCACAUCCUGCCGUACCUUGUUCUCACUCGAAAACGAGACGUCAUUACGAGGGUUGGUGCAGCCUAUAAGGAGGUCAAAACGCCCUUCGACAUUUGCUCCGAGAAGAACAACCUUGCAACGAUUCUUGCUUUUCUGAUGAGCCAACCAUGGUCGGACCCGGAAGGUAUGAUCAUGUCUGUUCUAUCCGAUAUUGACUCCGCCUUCGGGGGACGUACUUUGGCGGAGCUGGUUAGAACAGAGCCGAUCUUGAUUGCUUGUGAUCUGUUAAAAGGCCUUGGUGACUCGGGAAGUGAGAAAGGCGCACGGUUUCAUCGAGCUCUUCACCUGUUGGCAGCCUUAGUUCCCCGCAAAUCUACUGCUACUAAGAAGGCCAAUUUGCUCUGUCAUUUCAUCGAGGAGCAUGUUCUGGGUAUAAUCACGCAGUUCGCGCAUGCAAUCAACGACUUUCAGAUAAGACAGCCUCUAAUUGAAAAGAGGCGAAAUAUUCUGGCCAUUGGUGAAAUGAUCAAAGUUGCCCGUGGCCAUAUCAGCAGCGCAUUACCGCAGAUAUGUGCGUGCCUGCGUUCCGCACUUAGCGUCGAAGAGCUCAGUGAUCAUGCCUUUUCAGCCUGGAGCGUGUUGGUCAGCUCUCUGCACGAAGAAGAGCUUGAGCCACUCAUUGAUCAAACAUUCUCAAUGGUGAUCAGAUACUGGAGCGCUUUUAACGAUCAGAGCAGGAAGACUGCCCACGAACUGGUUGGAUAUAUUCUCAGAAGCCACAGUGAACUUGUGCACACCAAUUUCAGCAGCAUCCCCUCAUUGGCUUCGAUUUCUUCAUUAUCUGCGCUUGAAAGUGAGAUCAGUAAGAUGAAAGAGAAGAUGGAUGUUCGAAGUCAACUUUCGGCUUUUGGACGUCGCUGCCAAAGUGAGAAUGCCGCUGUUGUGGAACAGGCAUUGAAAGAGUUGUUGCCUUGCCUUUCAAGGCAUGAAGAAUUCUUGCAUGAGUCCGUACUAAGUGAACAGCCUGACCCCGUUGUUGCACAGUUAACGAGGUCCUUGCUGGAUUGCUGUGUCAAGUUCAACGCAGGUUGCGACAGCAUAACACUUCUUUCGGCUCAAUGUCUGGGUCUUUUAGGCUGUCUGGAUCCAAAUCGAGUUGAUCCGGUCAAAGAUAAGAAGGAUAUUCUCGUUUUAUCAAACUUCGACAGAAUGGAAGAGACCUUUGAUUUCGUACUUUUCUUCCUUCAACAUGUGCUGGUUCAAGCCUUUCUGUCAGCCUCCAAUACGAGGGCCCAAGGUUUUCUUGCCUACGCUAUGCAAAACCUGCUCAGACUCUGCAACCUCGAUUCGGCCGUCACCCAACGCUCCCGAGAUAUUCAAGCGGACGAAAAGUACCGUCGUUGGUCAGAAUUACCUGAGACUGUGCGCAAUACUUUGACCCCCUUUCUCACGUCUAAGUAUACGGUCACAGUUGGUGCCAUAAGAUCGCAUUGCAAAUUCCCAAUAUUUUCCACAGACCUGACACAUGGCGACUGGCUGCGAAGUUUUGUGCAGGAUCUGCUGCAAAGAGGAAGCGGUGACAACGCGCAGCUUAUUUUUAGCGUUUGCAGUCGUAUUGUCAAGGGUCAAGACAUUUCAAUUGCCAGCUUUCUCCUACCAUUCGCCGUACUAAAUCGUAUAGUUGGUGGAACCCAGGAGGAGAGGCUGGACUUGCAGGGUGAGCUCACAACCAUACUCUCCCAUCCACUUCCCGAAGCAGGUAGUCGGGUUCAUGAAGCCAUCAUACUAUGCAGUCAGAGCGUCUUUGAAAUUUUGGACUACCUUUCAAGGUGGCUGCAGGGGAAAAAGAAGCUCCUCAACAGCCUCAAGAAUCAUACAUCACAUACUGGCCGAUCUCACAAAGAUUCUCAUCGAGAUUCAUUAUCCGAAACAUAUUCGUCUCAGGUCAAAGCUGUGGAAACGUUCUUGACUUCAAUACCUCCAGAAGUCAUUUCGAAAAGAGCGGUCGAAUGCAAAUCAUUUUCUAGGGCCUUAUUCCAUUGGGAACAAUAUAUCCGCCGGUUCAAAAGUCAAUCCGAGAAGAACGACGACACGAGCGCUGAGCUUCUCUACCAACAUCUUCAAGUGAUUUACAGUCAAAUUGAUGAGCCCGAUGGUAUUGAGGGUAUUUCGACUCAUUUGCACAUGCUGAACAUUGACCAACAGGUCCUCGAACACCGCAAAGCAGGCAGAUGGGUUACUGCGCAAAGUUGGUACGAACUGCAAGUCGAAAAAGAACCCGACAAUGUUGAAGCACAGUGGAAUCUUCUUACGUGUCUUCGAGAGUCAGGGCAACAGGAUGCCAUUAUUGCUAGAUUUGACACGCUCGAUUCAGCAGGCUCAACCUCGAGAUUUCUUCCCUUUGCUGUGGAAGCGUCCUGGAUCACAGGAAAUUGGGAUAAGCUUCGCAGUUACCUCCAAAUGCGUUCACCGGAAAUUACUGGAGACUUCAAUAUUGGGGUCGGAUCAGCUCUUUGUGCGCUUCGACUUGGAAACAAGGCUGAAUUCCGUAACAUCAUUCAUGAUCUGCAGCUCAGUGUCGCCAAAUCGCUGACUGUGAACUCUGUCACUUCCCUACAAUCUUGCCAUGACAGCAUCCUCAAGCUGCAUGCCUUGACUGAAAUGGAACUUAUUUCCGAUUGUGAGGGCUGCGAAAACAGCUCGCUCACUUGUAUACAUGAUGUACUAAGUCGGCGGCUUGACGUCCUUGGGGGAUACAUAGCUGACAAGCAGUACCUGCUUGGAUUGAGAAGAGCCACAAUGGAAUUGACGCAUGGUUUCAUGGAGUCUGAUAUCGCUGGUUCCUGGCUUACUAGUGCACGUCUGUCGCGAAAGGGCAAUUACACCAAUCAGGCCUAUCACUCAAUGCUUCGUGCCGCUCGUUUGAAAGAUAGGUCAGCUACUAUUGAACACGCCCGUCUUCUUUGGAAGGAUGGCCAUCAUCGAAAAGCCAUACAGACGUUGGAGGGUGCAAUAGCUGCAAAUGAAUUUGCCUCCGACGCGUCCUCAUCCGGUGGGUCAAAAAGCGAAAAGCAACAGAACUUGCUUGCUGCUAGGGCCCAUCUGUUACUAGCGAAAUGGACGGACAGAGCGGGACAGACCCAAUCCGACGUGAUCGUACAAAGGUACCGAGAAGCGAUCAAACUUCACUCAAGGUGGGAAAAGGCGCACUACUACCUGGGCAAACAUUACAACAAGAUUUUGGAGUCUGAGAAGGCCAAACCCUUAGGAAAAGAGGCUCAGAUAUACUUAAGUGGUGAAGCCUCAAAACUUGUCAUUGAUAACUAUCUUCGCUCCUUAGCGCACGGGAACAAAUACGUAUUCCAAUCACUGCCCAGAAUCUUGACCCUUUGGCUAGAGCAUGCUGCCACGCUUGAUAAACCUUUCGAUCCGAAAAGGGGUGAUAAUGAGGAGUUCCAGACGCACACAUUGAAUCAACGGAAAAAAACUCUUGAUGAUAUGCACUCACAGCUAAAGAAAUAUCUGAAUCGAAUGCCCGCGGCGCUGCUGUUCACGAUCCUUCCUCAAGUGGUUGCUCGGAUAUGCCAUCCCCAUGCCAUGGUUUACGAGCUUUUAACCAGGAUUGUAGCGAAAGUAGUCAAUGCUUUUCCCCAGCAAGGGCUAUGGACAGUCCUUGCAGUUGUCAAGUCAUCCUCCAAGGAUCGAGCUUCUAGGGGCAUCAAUUGUCUUCAUAAAAUCACUGAGGCAAACAAAAAGUCCAAAACAGAAUUACCCUUGGACAUGCGGGGAAUGAUCAAUCAAGGACAGAAAUUCUCAGAGGAGAUGCUCAAACUAUGCACGGCACGAAUUGAGGAGAAGGCGUCAAAAAUCCAUCUUGCCCGACAUCUCGGGUUCAGCCACAGAGUUGCCCCUUGUCGACUUGUUGUUCCAUUCCAGGCGAUGUUGACUCCAAGUCUUCCGGCCAGCCAUGAGACCGAAUAUUUGAAGGGAUUCAGGGCUUUCCCCAGAGACCCCACGACCAUUGAUGCCAUACUUGACGAUGCCCAAGUUCUGAACUCACUGCAGAAGCCCCGGAAAAUCAGCAUUCGAGGCUCCGAUGGGAAAAUUUACAACGUCCUCUGUAAACCUAAAGAUGAUCUCCGCAAGGACCAGCGUCUGAUGGAAUUCAAUAACACGAUUAACCGCUUUUUAAAGAGGGAUGUGGAGUCGAGCAAACGGCGCAUGUAUAUCAAGACUUACGCCGUUACGCCCUUGAAUGAGGAAUGUGGUCUAAUCGAGUGGGUAGACAAUCUGAGAACAUUGAGAGAGAUCAUUAUCAAACUCCUUAAAGAGAGAGGUAUCAUGCCGAACUAUAACGAAAUCAGACACUAUCUUAACGAAGCAUGCUCAGAGGCCUCAAAACUUCACUUGUUCACAACAAAAGUCCUGAUGAAAUUCCCUCCAGUCUUGCACGAGUGGUUUGUAGAAAUGUUCCCAGAUACGGGGGCCUGGUUUGCAGCACGACUCCGUUAUACGAGGUCCUGUGCAGUUAUGUCAAUGGUCGGACACGUCUUGGGAUUGGGAGACCGGCAUGGCGAGAAUAUCCUAUUUGAGGAAGGUACAGGUGGUGUAAUACAUGUUGAUUUCAAUUGCCUUUUUGAUAAGGGCUUAACAUUCGACAAACCCGAGUUGGUCCCAUUCCGUCUCACCCAGAACAUGAUCGAUGCUUUUGGGGCCUAUGGGUAUAAUGGACCGUUCAGAAGGACAUGUGAAAUCAGCCUUCGCCUUCUGCGACAGAACGAGGAUGCACUUAUGACCGUGCUGGAGACUUUCUUACACGAUCCAACCACAGAUUUCAUCGGAAGAAAGCGUCGCACCCAUGCAAGUGUUCCAGAGACCCCCGCUGGGGUGCUCGAGAAUGUUCGCAAUAAACUCCGAGGCCUUUUGCCCGGAGAGUCGGUUCCUUUAUCAGUGGAUGGCCAUGUUGAUGAACUAAUUACACAAGCAACAGACAAGAGAAACCUAGCGGCCAUGUAUAUCGGCUGGUGUGCUUUUUUCUGA